AGCUUCAAGACGUCUUUCUCCAGAGGCUUCAUAUUUAGCCAGGGAUUUCUGUUUCACCCUUUGCCGGGGGUCGCAAGGGACGGAUUCUCAAAUUAAACUUCGAAACGAUAAUUUAUUUCAUCCGUUUUCAAAAUCCCCAAUAAAAAGUCUUCAAGAACGAGGUGAAUUAAUUAGAAAAUUCGGUAAAUGUCCAGUCUGUGAAGAAUUGGCUAAAGAGAACCAAAAGAAGCCAGCUUAUGAAUGUCCAGAUUGUGGAAUUCCUACUCAUUGUUCAGAAGAACAUUAUAAAAAUAACUUAAUUGAACAUAAAUUGCAUACAUGUAAAAUGUUAAGAGAAUUCAAUGAAGAUAUGCAUGAUUUAAUGAGUGGUUCACAACCACUUGAUGAAGAAAUUAAUUUGUUAAAUUGGGACACAUAUUUGUACACGAGAGGAUUUCCAAGUAUAGACCUUGAUCGUUCAUUGAGACACGUGUCUAAAGUGUUAACAUACCCGAUAACCAUUGCUUCCGUUUUACACCAAAAUGGUCCUUAUACACUUCGAAAUCGAUUGACAACCGAAGGCUUAAAGUCGUUAACUGCAUUGAGAACGACCUUGCAUCCAAAACAAACUAGUAUUGACAUAAAAACACUUCGACCCGGAGAAACGGUCCGAAUCUUUAUCAUUGGUGCACGAGCCGAAGCACAAUUACCUUUACAUCUAUAUACACAACUUUCAUAUUUAUUCCCAACCAUAACAUUUCAUUUUCAUUUCGUUGGCCCAGAAUCGCUUCCACGUGGAACUGAACCAUAUACAACACAUUUUAACCAUUAUCUCUCAUUUACAUGGAAAAAUUCUUUAUAUCAUGAUUAUCAUGAUACAAUAUAUCCAUUUGAUCCAUAUUGUGACGCGUUCUUUCUUUUUAACCCUGAAGAGGAUGAUACAUUUGAAUUUGAUUGGAUAUUAGAACCAGGUGAAAAUGAGUUUAAAAGUUUACGAAGAGACAUUGAUAUACAAGACGUACGAAUUGGUGUCUAUCCAAAUUGGGGAAUUUUUGGGAUAAGAGGGAAAAGAUAUGAUAUACGUCACUAUGAUGAGGAGGAAGGGGCAAUAGAAGUUAAAGAGGAGGAUGAAUGGGAAGAAACGGAAGAAAUAAAGAGAAUAGAAGCGGGAGGCAUGCCAAAACAGCAAAUUCGGCAUUAA